GCAGGUCACAGAGGGGCGGGAGGGAACCUGCUGUACUCAGUAGCCGAGAGAGAGAGAGAGAGAGAGUUUAAUCCGUAACUGGUAGUUAGUUUAUGGCAGCACAAAAAGUUUCGUGUUUAUUUCGUUCUCGACGCGUAAAUAAUGUAGAAUAGCCGCGCAGGUGCUGCAGCUGCGAUUUCAUUGCAGUUAUAGCUCUGGUGACUGCCACUGAAUGCGACUUUUAAAGCGAAACGUACGGAUUUUAGAGGAAUAAAUCUAAUAGAAAUCGUGCUAGGCGAUGUAGACGCGUUAAAACAUUCACAAUUGACUAUAAUUUUGACAUAAAGUCCAUCAUGGAGGUCCGAAAAAUGCUCACGUGUGUUUUGUUCAGCGUGUUUCUGUGGGCAGGAGACGCUCAGGACUCGGUACCUGUUUCAGUUUUAAACUGCUGUGAGGGCGAUGUCCUGUUUCUCCUGGACUCCUCUGGUAGCGUGGCCUCCUACGAGUUCUCCCGUAUGGUGGACUUCCUGUCGGAGCUCCUGCUGCCUUUCUCAUUAGGGCCGAAUGAGGUGAGGGUGGGACUGCUGCAGGUUGGGACUGAACCCCAUCUCGAGUUUGGCUUUGACACCUACAGCUCCCAGCAAGGACUGCAGGAGGCCCUGGAGAGGACUAGACAGCUAAAGGGUGACACCAACACGGUGGACGCUCUACUGUUGGCUAGGAAUCAAGUUUUGAAACAGGGUGUGCCGGGAGGUGCCAGACCAGAUCUGCCCAGGGUUCUGGUUUGGCUCACGGAUGGAGUGGAUCCCGGCGAGGUGCAGGAACCAAUGGCGAGGCUGCGAGAAGAGGGUGUGGCUGUACUAGUGGUUUCCACUGGUCAUGGGAACUACCAGGUGCUGAGAGAUGUUGUAAGUCCACCUACAGAGGAGCACCUGUUCUUUGUGGACGUUGACGAUAUCAACAUCAUCAGCGAAGACUUGAGGAAUGCAAUUAUUGAGAUUAUUCGGGCCGAGAGGCUACAGGUGAAGUCGGUCACUGCUACUUCAGCUCAGCUGGAAUGGAGACCUGUGUUGGCUGGUACCGGCUACUACGAUAUUCAGUUUGGUCCCAUCCGGACAGGGCAGACCGGAGGGUCCGGAGGUCCAGGCACCAGUCCUGGCACUGGUUUGGGUCCUUUUCAGAGGAUCACGCGGCCUGGAGAUGCCAGCUCGGCUCAGCUGACUGGCCUGCGUCCAGACACUACGUACACCGUCACCCUCACACCAAAGGCUAACCUGGAGUUCCUGAACUCUCUUCAAGCCACCUUUACUACACAGCCAGUGGCUCCUCCUCAGCCGGAGGUCCAGACUCUCUCCACAGUGACGGUGUCCGAGUCGAGCAGCAGCAGUGUGCGUGUGAGCUGGGCUCCGCUGCUGCCUCACCUCAUACAGGCCUAUCAGGUGGAGUAUUCAGCUCUUCCUUCAGGGCCGCUCCGGGUGAUCAGCCUCAGUAACAGGCAGGACUCCAUAGUCCUUACUGACCUCCAGCCCGACACGCAGUACCUGGUCACCAUAAGCGCAAAACAGUACUCUGGCAAAGAGAGAGCCAUGUCGGUUAAAGCCUGUACACAGGAAGUGCUGCCGGCUCUCUCGGAUCUACAGCUGACCACAGUGGGCAAUGAGUCAGUGCAGCUCCGGUGGAAGGGGAGUUACGACGGGCUCCGUGGUUACUGGGUCACAUGGGAGCGAGGUCAGAGCCAGCGCUCCACCCUGUAUUUACCACCCAACCGCCUAUCCACCACCCUCAACCAUGUGCCCUCCAGAGCCCGCGUCUGCGUCUCCCCGGUGUACCGGACGGCUCGUGGCGAGGGUCUCUGCUGCACUGCUUAGAUCUGGUCUUCGCUGCGCUCAUCUGGAACCGUGGAGUGCCGCUCUGCCAAACACGAGAGAUGGAGGGAAGAACAACACCAAAAGCCUUCCUCAAAUGGACAGAUGGGAGGACAGAGGAGUCCAGGACUCUGUUGGAAAACUCAUCACCCAUAGAUGGUGAUCUUUAAACACACCAACACAACAUGCACUGACACACAAACCCCAAACAACACCUAGAACACAGAGACUAAACGAGUCUGAACUGAAAAGUGACUCAAGAACGAGAGUUGUAAAGGAAUGUUUUGGGUUCAGCACUUUUUGCCGCAUAUGUGGCUUGCUGUGCAUUACCGCAGAUAGUUUUGACUCUUGUAGAAACAAGCCAAAAUCACAUUUACAGUUAUGCACUUAAUUAUCAGUCUGUUUGUAGUAUCCUCAUGUAUAUUGAGUGAAAGUUACAGGGUUUAUAUGGUCAUUAAUUAUGACUAUAACAGACAAAAUUAGCGAUUUUAUCAUGUGGCUACUUUAGAAACUGUGUAUUUUAACAUUUGUGUGUGGUGUCUUUUACCACAGACUUGCAGCUGAACCCAUGAUAUUCCUUUAAAAUGCCAGAAUUAGACAAUCGCGUUUUUAUUAAGAGUUAUAUCACAAAAGCAAUAGUUUGUAAAUAUCCUACUAAUGCUUUUUGGGAUAUAUUUAUCAAAGACAUAGUUGGUUACUGUAUUUUUUUUUUUAAUUUAGAUUCCUCCGUACAGUUUGAAAUGGGAACAAUAAGACACUUUUAGGGGGAAUCUGAAUGACAUCCAUCACUGGUUUUUCUUUAAGGUCAAUGCAAAUAACAUAACCCUGCUUAAUUUACUCGUUACCAUAGCUGCAGAUCUUGGCAGCGGUGAAACUCUGAAAAUCUGGCACGGAUCUUAAUCACUGUGGCUAAAGUAUUAAGACUUCAAAAGGGCCACGAUUGGUUUGUUUGAAGAAUAGUGACUCGGGGUUAAGCUUUUCCCUGUGCAUGCAUACUGUAGAUUGGAUUUAUCAUUUAUCAGAUUAAUGAUUUUCUCUGUAGUCGUGUCUUAACAGGCAAACAUAAGUUCGCAGGCUGGAUCAAGGUCUUAAAAUAGUGUUUAGGGAUACAUCAUUUUGUUCUUACAGUCUUUUAAUGAUGUGAAGUUUUCUACAUCAUAUCACUCAAGACAUAAGCAUAAAACAUUUUCAUACCUAUUUCAGGGUCAUUCUGCAAGAAUUUGUAGUCCAUUUCUAUAGAUAUUCAAAACAUUCAUGUCUGAUAUUUUGUGUCUUUUUUGUUGCAUCAUAAUGGCAGGUUGGGCUUUCUGUAUUAUGAAAAGGUGCUUGUUCAUUCCCAGCUUGGCUGCACGUCUUACACAUCACUGUUUUCAAAAUGUUUUUAGUUAUUAAAUAAAAAGGAUCCAUUUCA